UUAUGCACUGUAGCCAAUUGAACCGAAAGUAUUCACAGAUCGCCGUCUUAACCAUGCAUUUUACUGAAGUUUUAUUAGUUUUAGUUUCCUUUCAUCUUGAUUUAGAACUUCAAGUUAUGAGUUUCUCGCUGCAUGAUUGCCAAGUACAUGGCUCCUUACUUGUUAGCACAAAUUUGAAAGUAUUAUGUUACAAGAUGAACUUGGACAUGGUCCCACGGUACCUUCCAACCAGUACAAAAAACCUGGAUUUGUCCGAAAACAGAAUGGCGAGUCUGCAGAAAUCCAGCUUCGAUCACUUGCCGCAACUGCAAGUAUUGAACAUUUCAAAAAACAGCAUUAGUGAUAUUGCGGAGGAGACCUUCGGGAGCGUAAAGAAUCUAUCUUUCCUGAAUCUUGGUUACAAUAGGCUAACCGCAUUAACCAAAAGCAUGCUGAGUGGCUUGGGGAAUCUCACAACAUUGUUAUUGAACAACAACAUUAUUCAAACUAUCGAACCUGAUGCCUUUGUCAGCUUGAUAAAUGUGAAAACCAUCAAUUUAAACUCUAACAUGUUAAAUCGUUUGGAGGAAGUGAGUUGUGUAUUUAACGCCGUUGCUGCAGAAAAAUUGCAGAUAGGAGACAAUGGUUUGGUUAAUUUCUCGACCCAGAGUAUCUCUUUUGUGUCGAAAACGCUAAUGGAAUUGGACAUAUCGAAGAAUCCUUUCGCAGUCUGCAAUAUAACAACUGGUGUUCUGGGCAAUCUCCUUUCUCUGGAUCUCUCAUUUGCCGGAGGCAAUCAAUCGGUCGUGUUGCACGUUGAAGAUGGAUCUUAUUUAAAAGGGAUGAAGAAAUUAGCUUUAGGAGGAAUUCAUAUGCCACCAUCAGAGAUACGGGCGCUCCUUGUAAGCAUAAGAAAUGUGUCACUGGAGGAUAUUCAAUUAAACAAUUUGCAAUUGCAGGCGACAAAUCUCCUCCUGUUGGAAAUCUGCAUUUUACACCAACAUUUAAGUGUUUUAAAUCUGACCGGAAAUAGUCUCAACCCCUUGAAUGGCGAUGUCUUUAGUGCAUGUGUACGCUUAGAGGACUUAGAUUUAUCAAAAAAUAAAUUAAGAGAUAUCUCAAGCUCUUUAUUCAACAAUUCAGUUGCUUUAAGACUAUUGUCCCUAGCUAACAACGAACUUACCGUGAUUCCUAAAGCCAUUUUGGGCACCUGCAAUUUGGAAAGCCUGGAUCUCAGUUUCAAUCAAAUUGACCGUAUUGAUUCUCACGAUUUCACUACCCUUGAUAAACUCAAACAGCUGUUUCUUGUCGGAAAUAAAAUCACUCAAGUUGCAUCAUCUUCAUUUUCUGGGCUUCUUCAAUUAACUGAACUACAGUUGGGCAAUAAUUAUCUGCUAGAAAUAGCCAACUUCUCAUCCAGUCUGAAGAGGCUGAAAAUUCUUAAUCUUAAUUGCAACAAACUGAAUGUUAUUAAGCAGCACACAUUCAGCCAUUUGCAGAAUUUGCGUCAUCUCAAUUUGAUUGAUAAUCAGUUAUCCAAUCUGCAUAACGAAAGCUUUGAUGGGCUUUCAAAUCUAGAACAAUUGCUAUUGGGAUCCAACAGACUAACGGUUGACAUUCUAAGAGGUCAUGUAUUUUCACCAGUUAAGUCCUUGGAGGUACUUCAACUAUUUGACAACUUUCUCACCUAUCCGUCUUCAAAGAAGCUAGACAGAGCACCGUUUACUUCGCUGAAGUCCUUGCACUACCUUGCGAUAAAUAGCCAGGGUCAUAAUGGUCUCCAGCAUUUCCCUUUAAAUUUCCUAGAAGGACUACAUUCUUUGAAGGAGCUCCAUGCAGGAAAUAUUGUCAUUAAUUAUCUUGAUUCCGAUACUUUUUACUAUGCGCCAAACAUUUCUUUCCUGGACUUGAGCAGCAAUGUUUUCCAAUCCAUUAGUCCUAGUCUGCUUCUGCAAUUACCUGCCUUAACUGAACUUCAUCUCAAUAAAGUCGGGUUGCAGAAUCUAGACUUCCUGAAAUAUGUAAGGCUGAUCAAUUUGAAACUCAUAAGGGCUACGGGUAAUCAAAUUGGUCUUGUAAACCAAGCACAGAUCGAAGCAGUACCAUCACUCACAUUUUUGGACCUUAGGGACAACCCUUUUAUGUGUGCGUGUAAUAAUUCUUGGUUUCAAAAGUGGUCCCUUUCAGGCAAUAAAACUCAAGUGAUAUACUUCGAUCGGUUCACAUGUACUUACCCACCUAAUCUUAAAGGGACGAAACUGAUUAAUUUUAAUUCAAAUUCUUGUGUUGUCCAUUUUGAGUUUCUGUUCUACAUUUCAUCAUCUACAGUCAUAAUACUGACAAUAAUAGUAAGUUUUACCUAUCAUUUUUGGAGAUGGCAUGUUGUAUAUGCAUAUUACCUCCUCUUAGCAUUCAUUUAUGAUAAUAAUCGUAAGACAGGACGAAACAAACGCUACAAGUAUGAUGCCUUUAUUUCUUAUAACGCGCAUGAUGAGCACUGGGUACUAAACCAGCUGUUGCCCAAUCUGGAAGGCAACAAUGAAUGGACAUUAUGUCUCCACCACCGAGAUUUCGAACCUGGGAGACCGAUCAUUGAUAAUAUUGUGGACAACAUUUAUCAGAGCAGGAAAACAAUCUGUGUAAUCAGUCGCCACUUUUUGGAAAGUGAAUGGUGUUCCGCAGAAAUUCAGGUGGCGAGUUUUCGGCUUUUUGAUGAACGGAAAGAUGUACUGAUUUUGGUGUUUCUAGAGGACAUACCGUCCCAUCAACUUUCCCCAUAUCACAGAAUAAGGAAACUGGUGAAAAAGACAACGUAUUUGCAAUGGCCUCAACAUCAAGAGGAGACAUCUUUGUUUUGGCAUAAACUUCGUAUAGCAUUGAAAACUGCCAAAUAAAAUGAAAGCCGCUUUCUUUCUGGGAUUGACUCAGAUCGCCAGUGUUAGUCACCACUAAACAUUUACUCUCUGCAUUGUUUAAUACGGGAACAAAAAAGAUUAUAGAAUAAAAUACAAAUGCUAUCAAA